AUGGCGGUUAUGGGGCAGCAAUCUCUCCGGAUAGCUCUGGACUCGUUGCCGGCGCACGUGGUUGAACUAGAUGACUGGAAGGGAGUCAAGGCGCGGGAAGAGAGGCGACGGAUUCAGAAUCGGGUGAACCAGAGGGCUGCGAGAAAUCGUAAGAGGGCUGGCGCAAAGCAUGACAAGCUGGAGUCUUCUCAUCGUGGCCCCAAGCCCUUGAGCAACCAAACGCCCUCCAGGGCUUUAACCAGAGCAGAAUCAAGCCCUUCCAUGCUCAAACACCAAGGCCCCGAUUUCUGGCAAAUGUUCUACGCCGCCAUGAACUCAGUCCCGGACGACCGCUCUAGACUCAUCAACUUUGUUCAAAAUAUCGUAUUCCACUCAGAGGACAUCCAGAAGGACGUCAGAAAUUUCGAAAACUGGAUGUGCCUGUUAAUUGGCUCACCCGGCAGAGACUGCCUGUUCACCCUGAUACAAUUCAACGUCUUCCGAUCCAUGGUGAGCAACGAGAGAGACCUGGGUCUCCCAGAAGCGUGCGCACUGGACGACGAUUCUAUCUCGCCAAUUUCCGAUGCAAGCUACGUAGAGCAGGACAUGCCGCCCUCAUUACGGCCGACGUUGCUACAGCGGACGGUGACACAUCAUCCGUGGAUCGACCUCUUGCCGUUCCCCAAUAUGCGGGACAACCUGCUCAUGGCGGAUGACCAAUAUGAUGAGUUGGCGCUCUGUACGGCAAUACUAGGUUGCAACACAGACUCGGGCGGCAAAACCGGGAUGAUCGUCUGGGGGGAGGCCUGGAAUCCCGCGGGGUGGGAGUUCACCGAGGAAUUCAUCUGUCAGUGGGCGUGGACCCUGAAAGGGUGCGACGAGUUCUUGGCGUCGACGAAUUCCUGGCGGCAGCGGAGGGGGAAAGGGGCUCUCAAGUUUGAAUAA